UUUUUUCAUAUUCUCUUCCGUUUAGCUAAGAGGAGAGCUAUAUAUAUAUAUAUAUAUAAACUCUCCACCAUGAUGCUUACCAGAGCAUUAGUGUCGUUUGCCUUCAUGGCAAUUGCUUCAAUGGCUUCCGUUGACAAACAAACGUAUGUGAUUCACAUGGACCAGGCAAAGUUAAUGGAGAAGACAAAGAUUACAGCCUUGGAUAAUCAAGCUCCAUAUCAACGUAUCAAAAAUUGGUAUGAAACGAUUCUUGAUUCCAUUUCUGAAGUCUCAAAACAAGGAGAAGACGACAAGGAUCAUGAACUAUCGAACCCUCAACUUCUCUACGUCUACCAGACCGCCAUAUCUGGUUUUGCAGCAAAGCUCUCAACAAGACAACUCGCAGCAUUAAAGAAAGUUGAUGGUUUUCUCUCUGCAUUUCCCGACGAAAUGUUAUCCCUCCACACCACUCAUUCUCCUCAGUUCCUCGGCCUAGAACUCAGCACAGGCUUAUGGGCAAGACAGAGUAUGGGCUCCGACGUGAUCAUCGGAGUUGCAGACACCGGAAUUUGGCCGGAACAUGUUAGUUUCCAAGACACCGGAUUGUCUCCGAUCCCGGCGAGAUGGAAAGGCACGUGUCAGACCGGUACCAACUUCUCCCCGUCGAAUUGUAAUCACAAACUCAUCGGCGCAAAAGCUUAUUUCCAAGGCUACGAGUCUGUCGCCGGGAGUAUAAAUGAGAAAAGUGAUUAUCGUUCUCCUCGAGAUGCUCAAGGCCAUGGAACUCAUACAGCGUCGACUGCAGCUGGGAAUCUUGUAUCAGCGGCUAGCUUUUAUGGUUUGGCUAAUGGGUCUGCAGCUGGAAUGAGGUUUUCUUCUAGAAUUGCUGUUUAUAAAGUGUGUUGGGAAUUUGGGUGUGCGAGUUCUGACAUACUUGCCGCCAUUGAUGAAGCUAUUGUUGAUGGAGUUGACGUGUUGUCUCUUUCCUUAGGAGGGUCCUCAAAGCCUUAUGACUCAGACCCAAUUGCCAUUGCUGCUUUCAGAGCGACCCAGAAGGGUAUUUUUGUUUCAUGUUCUGCUGGUAACUCAGGCCCCGAAAAAUCAAGCGUGAGUAAUAUUGCACCAUGGAUUAUGACAGUGGCUGCAAGCUACACAGACAGAAGCUUCCCAACGAUUGUAAAACUCGGUAAUGGAGAAACGUUAGAAGGUUCUUCUUUAUAUACUGGAAAGUCAAAAUCAACAAGAGAAUUAGCACUUGUGUUUAAUAAAACUGCUGGGUUUGAUGACACUGAAACUCCCUUCUGCUUUCCUGGCUCUCUGAAUAAGAAACUUGCGAGAAGAAAAAUGGUGGUUUGUCUUCGAGGAGGAAAUGGUAGAACCCAGAAAGGAGAGCAAGUGAGAUUAGCAGGUGGAGCCGGAAUGUUAUUAGUAAACACAGAAAAUCAAGGGGAAGAACUUUUUGCAGAUCCCCAUAUUUUACCAGCUACAUCUUUAGGAGCUUCAGCAGGUGAAACAAUUAGAAACUACUUGAAAUCUGCUAAGAACCCAACAGCUUCCAUUACUUUUAAAGGAACUAGCUUUAACAAUCCUGCACCAAUGGUGACUGCUUUUUCAUCAAGAGGUCCUAGUUCUGACGGACCAGAUGUGAUUAAACCAGAUGUUACUGCACCAGGCAUGAACAUCUUAGCAGCUUGGCCACCAAAAACCAGUCCAUCUUUACUCAAAACUGAUAAACGAAGUGUUUUAUUCAAUAUAAUUUCAGGCACUUCCAUGUCUUGUCCUCAUGUAAGUGGUCUAGCUGCUCUACUCAAAUCAAUUCAUCCAAACUGGUCUCCUGCUGCAAUCAAAUCAGCUCUCAUGACAACAGCUUAUACACUCAACAACAAGAACUUACCAAUUGCAGACAUUAGCUUGACCAGCUCUGAUUCAGCCGCCACACCUUUUGCUCUCGGGUCGGGUCAUGUUGACCCGGAAAAAGCAUCUGAUCCAGGCCUGAUUUAUGAUAUCACCCCACAAGAUUAUCUAAUCUAUUUGUGUAGCCUUCAUUACAAUUCCACACAAAUAGGAAAUAUGUUAGGAUACUCCACUUCUUUCACUUGUCCUAAACCUGCUUCAAAUCUCCACCCUGGUGAUCUAAAUUACCCUUCUUUUGCAGUAAAUUUCCAACUGGGUGCUUCAAAUUCUACCAUCACCUUCAAAAGGACUCUCACAAAUGUUGGUGGGGCGCCGAGUGUUUAUAAAGUUCAAGUGAAUUCACCCAGUGGGGUAAUGGUGAAAGUAGAGCCUAAUAUUUUGAGGUUUAACAAGUUGGGUGAUGAAAUGAGUUACAGGGUCACAUUUACUGGGUUGGGUAAAAAGGCAGGGUCGGUAAAUCCAUCUUUUGGAGAUUUGAUCUGGGCGUUUGGGAAAUAUAGUGUUAGAAGUCCCAUAGCAGUAACUUGGCAGUAACUCUCUUUAGUCCUUAUAGAAAAAUAAUGUAAUUGUAUCAAAAUUCAAGAAGAAAACAAGGAAUCCUAACUUGAUGAUUCACUUGAAUCUUCAUUUA